AUGGAUGUUGAUAAGGUCGCUUUCACUGGAUCGACUUUGGUCGGACGCCAGAUCAUGAAAGCAGCGGCCGAUAGCAACUUGAAAAAAGUGACCUUGGAACUUGGUGGCAAGUCGCCGAACAUCAUUCUUCCCGAUGCAAACCUUGAGGACGCAGUCGAAUGGGUGAAUCUGGGCAUCUUCUUCAAUCAUGGACAGUGCUGUUGUGCGGGCUCUCGCAUUAUUGUCCACGAAGCUGUCUAUGAAAGAUUCUUGGAACUUUUCAAGAAGCGAGCAGAGCAAAAUAGGGUCGGAGACCCAUUCCAUGCCGAGACUUUCCAGGGACCACAGGUAUCCCAGAUCCAAUACGACCGGAUCAUGGGUUAUAUUGAGGGCGCCAAGGGUGCAGGCGCCACAGUGGUUACAGGUGGUGAUCGGCAUGGUAGCCAAGGAUAUUAUAUCCAACCGACGAUCUUCGCUGAUGUGCACGAGGAGAUGACGAUUGUGAAGGACGAAAUCUUUGGACCUGUGUGCACAGUGCAGAAGGUCCAUAGUGAGGAGGAGGCCAUUCGGGCUGCUAAUGACACAAACUACGGCUUGGCCGCAGCCGUCCAUACCAUGAACAUCAACACAGCCAUUCGAGUAUCCAAUGUCCUCAAAGCGGGAACUGUGUGGGUUAACAACUACAACACGCUUCACUACCAGAUGCCCUUCGGUGGGUUCAAAGAAUCGGGAAUAGGCCGAGAGCUUGGAUCGUAUGCCCUGGAGAACUAUACCGAAGUCAAGACAGUUCGUGUGCACCUUGGUCAGUCAUAA